UACUUGUUGGCGCAUCGCGGUGACUGCCACAAACAGGUCACAAAAAAAGACAACACUCCCCGUAAAAUGCGAAAUAAAUAAUAAAUAAAGCGGAUCAUGGACGAAGUGGACAAGAUAAUCAUGCACCAGCUGCAACAGGUGGACGCGACCAUCGAGCCCACGGAGGAGCUGGCCGAAUUCACGCCGGAGCAGGUGGUGAGGGCCGUAUCCGGCUGCCUGGCUGAGAUUCGUCCUGACUUGGAGCUUCCUAGGACACUUCCCGGCGGAUCGAUGGCGCAGCGUUUCGGAGUGGCCAGCUCCUUGGCGCAGGGAUGCAAGGAUAGUGGCUACCGAGGCGACAUCGGUUACCAGACCUUCCUCUAUCCCAAUGCCGUGGAACUCCGUAAAUUGUUAAUGUUCCUUAUCGAGCAACUUCCACGGGAGCGCCAAACGACGGAGGACGGAGCCUCGGGCAAAAUGCAAGCUCUGAGUCACAGGCAACUCCUGCAGCGGCAAAUCCGGAAGGAGCUGACCCAGCAACUCAAGACGCCCUGGGUGCCACAGUUCGCCCGAUCGGUGGGCAAUCGCAAAUCCCUCGGUUGCAGCAGCCUGGGCAUCGAAUUCCGGCCACACAUCAAUCUCAGCAUUCCAUCCGCCAAUCCCGAGGAGCGCACCAAGGAGGAGCAGCAGUAUUUCGACCAGCUGGCGCCUAAUCUCUUCCAGCAAACGGCCUCCAAAUCGGUGGAUCUCAUUGCCUCGGUGCUGCACAAGAACGAAUUGGACAGAUGGGGUCAGGCCCUGCCGGACUCAACGCUUCUCUUUGUGGACAGCGAAGAGUCUGAGGCGCCCAUAAUUGCCCCGACACAGUCGCCUGCCAGUGCGGAGGCAGAGGUUUCUCCAUUCCAGGAGCUGAGCAACCAAGUCCAGGAAUUGCGUGUCCAGUGCGACACCUUGCUAACCGAACGUAAAUCCCAUGCUGCGGCUCUGGCAGCUCUUAAGCUGCGGGAAACCAAAGCCACCGAGGAGAUAGGUCGCAUUCAACCCAUGCUGAAGCUGCACGAGCGCACCUCCUUGGUUCUGGCGGACCCCGAGGAGAACCUGGUCAAACUGGAGACACUGCUGAAAAGCACUCAAAGCAAAAGGCAAACCCUCACGCAGCAGUGGUUGGACUACAGGAAACCGCUGCUGGACACACUGGAGGAGCUGAAGACCGCCAAGGAGGCGCAGGAGGUGCAGGGAAUCCGCAACAGUAUCGAGCACUUGGAGCAGGAACUUCAGGCCAAGACCAAGCAGCACAACGAACUCAAUGCCACGCUGCGAAGCGCCAGUCAAUCCUUGGCCCCUCGCAAGGAGUACACCCGCAGGAUACACGAAUUCAUUGGGAAUAUCCGUAAGCAGCGGGCCGAUAUCUACAAGGUGCUGGACGACACGCGGCAACUGCAGAAGCAACUCAACGUGGUGGGGGCCCAGUUGCAGCGUCAGUUUAACUACACUGAUGACCUGCUCUUCCAGAGCGCCAAGCACGACCUCCACGCCAAGAGGGCCUACAAGCUGUUGGCCCAGCUUCAUGCCAAUUGCAGUGAGUUGGUCGAGUGCGUCUCGCUGACGGGAAACGUGACCAAGCAGAUUCGGGAGCUGGAGGUCCAGAUCGAUGGGGAGAAGCUCAAGAACGUGCUGACCAGUCUGCAGCAAAUUACCGGCGACAUCCAAAAGUUCGAACAGCACAUCCAGGAGCUGCAGGGACAAAUUCGAGCAGCGGAGCAGCCGAAGGUUGGCAGUUAGUUUCUCGUAACCACUUGUGUACUGUGCCAAUCGCAAUAAACGAAUCCAUGCACGCCAA